UUUCUCUUUCUUUUUCGUGUGUCUUCCAAUGCCUAAAGAACCGAUCAAGACAUGUCCUAAAAAGCUACCUUGGAAUAAAGGGGAUCCUAUACCUCCUCCACCUGCUAAACAACGACAAUGUCAUUAUUGGAUAGAACGGAAACGUCGAUAUUGUCAACUCCUUGCAAAGGCAACAAAUAAGUAUUGUGGUGAACAUAUGGUUGUGUCUGAUAACAAUGGUGUAGAAGAAAGUAAACGUCGUGUACCUUGUCCAUUUGAUCCUUCUCAUUCAGUGGUUCAAAAGGAUUUAGAAAUUCACAAAACCAAAUGUAAUGCAAGACCACGUGCACCUGAAUCACAUUAUGCUUUGAAUAUCAAUACAACCCUUCCUCUAUCGCAAGAAGAACUCGAUUUCCAACAAGGUAUUUACUCACACAAAGAACUGAAAGUACAGCCAUGGAUUGCUCGUAUACAACUGGAUGAAUUAUCAAGAUCUGAAUUAGAUGCUCUGAUCAACAAAGUACAAUUAGCUUAUGAUAGUCAUGUCCCUUCGUCUAUUCCUAAACAAGUUUUAUCUCAUCAAGCCAUUGUGAUCGAUGGACAAUCUUCAAAAGCGAUACGACAUUUACACCAACAGUCUUCAUUACUUGGACAUAUGCUGGAUUGUGGUAUGUUAGACAAUAAAAAAGCGUGUUUCAUAGAAUUUGGUGCAGGCAAAGGUGAACUCUCUGGUCAUCUCAAACAGGCAUUACAAGAAGAAAAUGGUGAAGCUACUUAUAUUUUAGUUGAUCGUAAAUCAGUUAGAAACAAGUACGACCGUAGUUUACUUGGUACAUCAGAACGAAAUUCAAAAGUGCAGCGAAUUAUGAUUGAUAUCAAGGAUCUUCAACUUGGCAAGAUAAAGUCUCUACAGGGUGAUGAUAACAAAAACAAACCAGUGGUAUGUCUCUCUAAACAUUUAUGUGGAAGUGCGACCGAUAUUACAUUGAAAUGUUUAAUGAAUUAUGUUGCUGAAGAAAAAGCUGCGGGAAAUGGUUGCCCUGUUUCAGGCAUCAUCAUUGCUCUAUGUUGUCAUCAAAUGUGUAGAUAUGAAAUGUAUCCCAAUACAAAAUACUUGGAUAGUAUUGGACUCUCAAAACUGGAAUUCGAUCGACUAUGUAAAAUGACAAGUUGGGCUAUUUGUGGAAAACGAAAUGUUACAGAUGAAUCAGAAAUCGAUCAUGCUUUACUUUUAGAAGAAGAAAAAGAAGAUGAAAUGGGUGGGCAUUAUUCUGGACGUGAUCAUGAGGAACGGGAAGAAAUAGGAUACAAAUGUAAACGUGUAUUGGAUGCUGGACGACUUGAAUACUUGGAACAACAUGGUUUUAAACCAUAUUUGGUAUACUAUGUGGAUAAAACUAGUACUUUAGAAAAUUGUGCCUUGAUAGCUGUACCUCAAUAGUUAGAUAGAAGAUGUAUCCUUUUAUUGUUAUUGAAGAUUGUAAAUAAACUAGAAGUAUUGUAAUAAUUGAUUGACUUUUUUUUUUU